AAGUCGACAGCAUGCACACGCGGAGAGAGGGAGGGACAGAGAGGCAUAGAGCGAUGAAGUUCACGGACUCGCCGGUGAUCGAGCUCCAGGUGGGCAACACGCGCCUCUCCCUCCAGCAAGACAACGGCUCCAUGCACGUCGGCACCUCCGUCUGGCCCUGCUCCCUCGUCCUCGUCAAGUUCCUCGACCGCUGGGCCCGGCCCCACGGCCCGGACCGCCCCAACAACCCCUACGCCGACCUCCUCGACUUCCGAGGCAAGCGCGCCGUCGAGCUCGGCGCCGGCUGCGGUGCCGCCGGCAUGGGCCUCUACCUCCUCGGCCUCGCCGACAUCGUCCUCACCGACAUCGCCCCCGUCAUGCCGGCGCUCCGCCACAACCUCAAGCGCAACAAGCCCGUCCUCCACAAGACCCUGAAGACCUCCGUCCUCUACUGGAACAACAGUGACCAGAUCAAAUCCCUGAACCCGCCCUUCGACAUCGUGGUCGCCGCCGACGUGGUGUACAUCGAAGAGUCGGUGAGGCACCUGGUGGAGGCCAUGGCGGCGCUGGUGAAGAGCGACGGCUUGGUGCUGCUGGGAUACCAGUUGAGGUCGCCGGAGGCGGAUAAGCUGUUCUGGGAGCUGUGUGAGGAGGUGUUCGUGAAGGAGAAGGUGAGGCACGAGGAUUUGCAUCCCGAGUACGCCUACGAGGAGGCUGAUGUGUUCAUCCUUAGGAAGAAGAAGGACAAGGAGGACGAGUUGUCCUUCUGGAGAGGCAUCCCCUCCCUUGGAACUACCUCCUCAUAGUUCGGAUGGAUCAUAUCGUUGAUAGGGACGGUCAAACUCCUGCCGUCUAAGGUUGUGAGAUGGACCGUGAGACCUGUUAAGGCCUCAGCCUGGGAUAUAUUUUUCGUGAUGAUCAAGUCGUUUCCAUCGCGGGUGAACACACUGUGAGGCUUCUCGUCAAUUAUCCAGACGAGAUCAGCCGGUAUGACGUUUGGCUGCUUAUUGCCUUUCUCAGAGAAGGUAAAUUUGGUUCCCUUCUUUCAACCUGGCUUUAUGUCAACGGUUAAGAUCUCCUCUACCUGCAUAUUUCUUCUGCAUCAAUCCAUGACAUGCAAAAGUCAGAAGGAUAGAUCAUGUGACAAAAAGGGAAACAAGGCAAAGUGGAUCGCCUAAGUUCAAGACCUUGAC